AUGACGGCUAUAGAGGCAGCGGUGGCAAGGAAACGUUGCAGAAGGCGACCGCAGAAGAGGAGGACGAGAAGGAGAGCAGAGGUGAGAGAAGAAAGGAGGAUGCGUAGCUCGGUGCAGGGAGGCGACGACGCCAGCGAGGCCAGCGCGGCCUUGGCUAACUGCUGGUGGCGCUCCCUCAUUGAGUUCGACGGCGACAGCGAAGGCGGGAGGACGGAGGCCGCCGCGGGAUCCAGGGGCGCGGUUGCCUCGCCUCGGGUGCGGGUCCUGAGGGAGCUCGAGCGGCUCGCGGCGGCAGCCAACGUGUCCCUCGACGACAUCCGGCACAAGCUGCUGACGUACAAUGCUGGCGACCUCUGGCUCCCUGCCGGUGGGAUUCCCAAGCACGAGACGGACAUCCCCCCUGUCAUCACCAUCCUGCUGCUCGGGCUUGCCGGCACCGGCAAGACCGCGCUGGUGGAUCUCAUGUACUGCGUUCUCGGCCGCGCCGGAUUCCUGCCUUUCGCUCAGAGCAUCCCUCUCGCUGGCAACGACGGGCGGACGCAGUGCCUGGAGGAGCACAACGUGCUGCGGUCUAUGCGGAGCGGGUUCUGCAUCUUCGACUCCCGCGGCCUCGACUGCGACCGGAUGGCCGACGGCCUUGAGGAGGUGGCGGAGUGGAUGAACGAGGGCGUCCGCCACGGCCAGCCCUGCCGCGGCGCAAACCCCCCCGACGCCCCUGCUCCCGCCUCCGCGCCCCCCGCUACGCGCUUCCUCCGCCGACGGGUCAACUGCCCCGUCGUGGUGGCCAACCUCUACGAGCUCCACCACUCCCUCCUCUCCGGCGACCCCCGCCCCCUCGAAGCCACCCGCGACCUCUUCCACUACCCUCCCAUCAAGAUCAGCCCCACCGACAGCCCCAUCCUGGUGCUGACGCACGGCGACGAGCUAUCGCCGGAGGAGAGGAUCCAGGCGCGGGUGAAGACGUGCGAGUACCUGGGCGUGUCGGAGACGAACGGAGUCUACGACAUAUCGUGCCUCAACGAGUACGGGACGGCGGUGGACGAGAUGGACCCGGCGACGUCCUACGCCGUCGCGGAGGCCAUCUUCCGGGCCCUGGUGGUGGCGGACAGGACACACCCGGCCAAGGCCAGCAUCAAGGAGUGGCUACUGGUGGUGAUCACGUGGGCAAUGUGCGCCCUCUCGACCUUCUUUGCCUUCCUCUCUUGCUGCUGCUCGAAGCUUGCCAAGGCCAACAGAGAGUACACCAAGUUGAGGACGCAGUGAGGAGGAUGAUCUCUUGGUUCUGCUACUGUAUCUAUGGAUGGUGGUGCGAAGCAGUGUUGAUAUUGCAAUGAUGGACGACUUCUCAUCAGAUUAGCAGCUGACUUUUCCUUGGACUAACAUGGUUCUUUGUUCUUUGUUGGUGGAUUUGUGGCAUUGCAAUAUCAACACUGGGUUAUGAUGCU